CCCUGCAAUUUAAAAAAAAAAGAAAAAAAGCAAGCAAAGCGCAGCUCAUCAUCAGCCUAUACAGGAGCAGGAGGGAUUUGGGAGUUAAGUGCAUGCAGGAAAUCACUCACAUCCUGAAUUUCAGCGCUCUCGCGCUCUCUCGCUCUCUCUUUGUAACUGUAUAUUAAUGGGGCUGUCCUCCAGUCCCAGCUGAUGAAAGUUUGUCUCUCAGUCUGGGCUAAGAUGUCAAAGCGUCUCCAUGCAGAACGGCAAAACUAUUCUCCUCCCCCAGCCUAUCUAUGCUUCCUGCUGUUCAGCCUGACCAACCUCUUAAUUGCACCAUCAUCCGGGGCCCAAGGAGAGGAUGCAGAUAGUAAACUGAAAUUCUCUAGUCAAUGGAUUUCAAAGAACCAGCCAGAGCACUAUGAAAUAAUAAUCCCCUAUCUUCUGAAUGGUGAACAGUGGAAACUGAUGAAGAGUUUUUAUUCACAGACUCACCCAGCAAUGCUGAAAUUUCUAAUACAAGCGGAAAGUGAGCAACUUGUCAUCAGUCUGGAGAGAAAUGAUGGCCUUUUUGCUGGCAACUUUACAGAAACACAUUAUUUGGAAGAUGGUACUGAUGCUGUUCUCAUGCGUAAUUACACGGGCCAUUGCUACUACCAUGGUCAUGUGCAAGGUUAUGCUGAGUCAGCAGUCAUCUUGAGUACAUGUUCUGGACUCAGGGGGCUACUUUUAUUUGAAGAUAAAGCCUAUAUUCUGGAGCCACUGGAAGGUGCUACAAAUGAACACAUAAUCUACCGAGCAGCAAACCUAAAACUAGCCCAGGGUUCUUGUGGGCAUCAUCUCAACAUCUCAGGCAUUACACUGGAGGACACCGCACAGUCUUUUCAGAUGUUUACUAGCAGGCACAAGAGGGCAGCCCUGAAAUCUACCAAAUACGUUGAGCUUGUUAUUGUGGCUGAUAAUCGAGAGUUUCAGAGACAGGGUAAGGAUAUGGAGAAAGUGAAGCUGAGGCUGAUAGAAAUUGCAAACUACGUUGAUAAGUUCUAUAGGCCACUAAAUAUUCGAAUAGCACUUGUUGGAGUGGAAAUCUGGAAUGAUGUGGAUAAGUGCACAAUAACCCAAGACCCCUUCACCAGCCUCCAUGAGUUUCUAGACUGGCGAAAGUUGAAACUGCUACCUCGUAAACCUCAUGACAAUGCACAACUAGUGAGUGGAGUAUAUUUUCAGGGUACUACCAUUGGCAUGGCACCUAUAAUGAGCAUGUGUACUGCAGAGCAGUCUGGAGGUAUUGUUAUGGAUCAUUCGGACAGUCCUUUGGGUGCAGCAGUAACUCUGGCUCAUGAGCUGGGCCACAAUUUUGGGAUGAAUCAUGAUACACUGGAAAGGGGUUGCAACUGCAAGGCAUCUGCUGACAAAGGAGGCUGCAUCAUGAACCCUUCAACUGGCUACCCAUUUCCUAUGAUGUUCAGCAGCUGCAGCAAGAAAGAUCUGGAAAACAGCUUGGAAAAAGGAGUGGGGAUGUGUCUAUUCAACCUGCCGGAAGUUAGAGAAUCAUUUGGUGGCCCAAAGUGUGGGAACGGUUAUGUAGAAGAUGGAGAAGAGUGUGAUUGUGGAGAGCCUGAGGAAUGUACAAACCAGUGCUGUAAUGCUACUACCUGCACUUUAAAGCCAGAAGCAGUGUGCGCCCAUGGACUUUGCUGUGAAGACUGCAAGCUGAAGCCAGCAGGGAUCUCAUGCAGGGACUCCAGCAAUUCCUGUGACCUUCCUGAGUUCUGCACGGGAGCCAGCCCUCACUGCCCAGCUAAUGUGUACUUACAUGAUGGGCACCCCUGCGACAAGGUUGAUGGGUACUGUUAUAAUGGCAUGUGUCAGACCCAUGAACAGCAGUGCAUCACACUCUGGGGACAAGGUGCUAAGCCUGCCCCUGGGAUAUGCUUUGAGAGAGUCAAUUCUGCAGGUGAUCCUUAUGGAAACUGUGGCAAGGAUUCCAAAACUUCUUUUGCAAAGUGUGAACCCAGAGAUGCCAAGUGUGGAAAAAUUCAGUGCCAAGGGGGAGCAAAUCGACCUGUAAUUGGUACCAAUGCUGUCUCCAUAGAAACAAACAUCCCAUUACAAGAAGGAGGCAAAAUUCUGUGCCGUGGAACCCAUGUCUACUUGGGGGAUGAUAUGCCUGACCCUGGUCUUGUCCUUGCUGGAACAAAGUGUGAAGACGGAAAAAUCUGCCUCAAUCGCCGUUGCCAAAAUACCAGUGUAUUUGGUGUUCAUGAAUGUGCAACAAAAUGUCAUGGACGUGGAGUCUGCAACAAUAAAAAAAAUUGCCACUGUGAGGCCCACUGGGCCCCUCCAUUUUGUGACAAGGCAGGAUUUGGAGGCAGUGUUGACAGUGGGCCUGUGAGACAGUCUGAUAACAGAAGUUUAACAAUAGGGCUACUUAUAACUACCCUGUGCCUUAUAGUUGCUGGACUACUUAUGUACGUCAAAAGGAAGAUCUUAAUUAGACUGUUCUUUAAAAAUAAGAAAACUACAAUAGAAAAACUAAGGUCUGUGAGCCCAGCAAGGUCUUCAAGUUCAUUUGAGCCCAUUCAUGUUCGUACCACGUCCCUCAGUAAAAAUCUAGUCAAAAAACCACAAAAUUUAAACAUAUAUAAGAGAAAUGAUCCACAAAGAUUGCUCCGAUAUCAAGCAGCUGAUAUUAGUAACCCUAUGAAGACACAGGAUAUGCCACAGUCAAGCUUACCAGAACGUCCGUUGCCACUCCUUUGUGAGCUUCCCAGGCAACAAUCUUGCCCCACAAAGUUGCUGCCAACUAACCCUGCCCCCAAACGUGACAAAGAAUCCUGCAAGCCAAGUCCUCCUCAAAAGCCUUUGCCAGCUGAUCCUCAGAAGAACAAAGCUGCUCAAUUUAGCAAUGUCUCCAAAGCAACAUUUGGGCUUCCAGCUGUGCCUCAAAUGGUUCCUGUCAGGCCUGCACCUAAACGUCCACUACAAGUGCCUAGAUCUGGCAAUGCUGCCUAUAUGAAAUGACAACAUGAAACGACAACAUGAAACAUCAUUUUUAACCUGAAAAGUGAAGACAGAAGUUUGCACUAUUUUAAACUCUAGUUGGAGAUCAAUAUUUUUAUAUCAAUAAGUAGAAUUUUUAAUGUUAAAACCCCAUUAUUUUUAAGAACUCUGAGCUACUGCCUUUGGUGCUAUGCUGUAUGAAGGUGGUCUGCGUCCUUGCUCAGGUACUUGUAAAUUAUUAAUUUAUAUUGAAUAUUUAUUACAGUGCAGAGCACUGUAGUAGAUAUUGUUUUGCCAUAGCUGAGUUUUCCUAGGAAAGGAGUCAUUUUCCUUAUGUUUAAUCAGUCUUGAUCUAUCCUUCAUUACAAAUUUCUCAGUAUACACACUUGAAA